GGGUGGUUCUGAAGUUAUCAUCUGAAUAAUUUUUGUCUUUGUUUGAUCCAUUGUCUUGACUUUUCAAUAUAAUAUUGUUUGUGAAACUAAAAAAAAAGUUAAGUUCACACCCAGCAAUAGCUCAUGCCACAGUAUUUAAAUGGAUGCUUGUUAUGUAUUACCUCAUACUUAUCAAAUCCAAAUAAAGUCAUAUAACAUACACCUCUUACUAUUCCACCAAAUGAAGCCUUUUUCUUUGUUGGCAUACCUUCAUGUUGUUUUUCUGUUUACUGUAAAUUUAAUUUGGUUUGGUCCAAACAAAAUUGUGGCAGUAUCAUUAGGAAACCAAACAGAUUAUUUGGCAUUGCUCAAAUUUAAAGAAUCAAUAUCUAGUUAUCCGUAUGGAACUCUUGAAUCUUGGAAUACUUCCAUCCACUUCUGCAAGUGGCAUGGGAUCACAUGCAGCCCCAUGCACCAAAGAGUUAUAGACUUGAACUUAGAAGGAUAUCAAUUACAUGGAUCUUUAUCUCCUCAUGUUGGCAAUCUCUCUUAUCUGAUAAAUCUCAACCUUAACAACAACAGCUUCUUCGGAGAAAUACCACAGGAGUUGGGUCGGUUGCUGCAAUUACAACAACUUCAUCUUGCUGAUAACUCGUUUACAGGUGAAAUUCCUACAAACUUGACAUAUUGUUCCAAUCUCAAAGGCUUGUUUUUGGCAGGGAACAGUUUGAUUGGCAAAAUACCAAUUGAAAUUGGCUCUUUGAGAAAGCUUCAAUCGUUCAACUUUUGGAAAAAUAAUUUAACCGGAGGAAUCCCUUCAUUCAUUGGGAAUCUUUCAUUCUUAACUGUUUUGGUAUUUGACUAUAACAACUUAGAGGGAGAUAUUCCCCAAGAAAUAUGUGCCCUCAAAAACUUGACAAUUUUAACUGGCGCUGUGAAUAAUUUGUCUGGUAUGAUUCCUUCUUGUCUUUACAAUAUGUCAUCACUUACUGCGCUCGUCACAGAAAAGAAUAAGAUUUAUGGUUCUCUUCCACCCAACUUGUUCCACACCCUCCCCAAGCUCGAACAUUUUUUAAUUGGAGGGAAUCAAUUCUCUGGCCCAAUUCCAACUUCAAUUAUAAAUGCAUCUUCCUUUGUAGAAUUUGAUAUCAGUCAAAAUCAAUUUGUCGGACAAGUUCCAAAUCUAGAAAGGCUAAAAGAUCUGCAAUAUUUGAAUUUGGAAUACAAUCAUUUAGGUGGCAAUUCAACUAAUGAUUUGGAAUUUUUACAUUCUUUGGCAAACUGUACUAAGUUGUAUAUGUUUUCUAUGUUCCAUAAUAAUUUUCAAGGUGUUCUCCCAAAGGCCAUAGGAAAUUUAUCCAUUGAACUCAAUGAACUAUAUCUUGGGUUUAAUAAUAUAUCAGGAAAAAUUCCUGCAGAAUUAGGAUAUCUUACUGGCUUAACUCUCUUGGGCUUGCAAUUCAACCACUUUGAAGGAACGAUUCCAACUACUUUUGGGAAGUUCCAAAAGAUGCAACAAUUACAAUUGGAUGGCAACAAGCUGUUAGGAAACAUACCGCCCUUUAUAGGCAAUCUCAGUCAAUUGUAUUAUUUGGAUUUACAUCAUAAUAUGUUUAAUGGAGAUAUUCCUCCAAGUAUAGGGAACUGUCAACAAUUACAAUAUCUAGAACUUUCGUGGAAUAAGCUUAGAGGAACCAUUCCUUUAGAGGUUUUUAACCUUUCUUCUUUAUCAAACACAUUGGAUUUGUCACAUAACUAUUUGAGUGGUAGCUUACCAAGAGAAAUGAGUAUGCUAAAAAAUAUUGAUAUGCUAGAUGUCUCUGAGAAUCAUCUAUCGGGUGUUAUUCCUACAUCAAUUGGUGAAUGUAUAGGCUUAGAAUAUCUUCUUUUGCAAGGAAACUCCUUUAAUGGAACAAUACCGUCUACUUUUGCUUCUCUCAAAGGCCUGCAAUAUUUAGACCUUUCAAGAAAUCGAUUGACCGGAUCAAUUCCCGAUGUUAUGCAAAACAUCUCAAUUUUAACAUAUUUGAAUGUUUCUUUUAACAUGUUGGAAGGUGAAGUACCAAUAGAUGGUGUGUUUGGAAAUGCAACCCAAAUAUCACUUAUUGGAAACAAUAAGCUUUGUGGAGGUAUUUCACAACUGCAUCUACCACCAUGCCCUAUCAAGGGUAGGAAACAAGCAAAACACCAUAAAUUCAAAUUGAUAGCAGUGAUAGUUAGUGUGGUUUCUUUUCUUCUAAUACUUUUAUUUGUUAUAACUAUCUACUGGAUGAGAAAAAGAAAUCCAAAUAGGUCUUUUGAUUCACCAACAAUUGAUCAACUAGCUAAGAUUUCCUACCAAGACUUGCAUCGAGGAACUAAUGGUUUCUCGAAUGAAAACUUGAUCGGAUCAGGAAGUUUUGGUUCUGUGUAUAAAGGAAAUCUUAUGUCAGAAGAUAAUGUUGUUGCAGUAAAGGUCCUGAACCUCCAAAAGAAGGGAGCUCACAAGAGUUUCAUUGUUGAAUGUAAUGCACUCAAAAACAUACGACAUCGAAAUUUAGUCAAGAUUUUAACAUGUUGUGUUAGUACGGAUUACAAAGGUCAAGAAUUUAAAGCUCUAGUUUUUGAUUACAUGAAAAAUGGAAGCUUAGAACAAUGGUUGCAUCCCGAGAUUUUAAAUGCUGAGCAUCCAAAAACAUUGAACCUUGGUCAUAGAUUAAACAUCAUUAUCGAUGUUGCAUCUGCAUUACAUUAUCUUCAUCAAGAUUGUGAGCAAGUGGUCAUUCAUUCUGAUCUAAAGCCAAGCAAUGUCCUUCUUGAUGAUGACAUGGUUGCUCAUGUGAGUGAUUUUGGCAUAGCUAAACUUGUCUCAGCCAUUGGCGGUACCUCUCAUAAGAAUACUAGUACAAUUGGAUUAAAAGGAACUGUUGGCUAUACUCCUCCAGAGUAUGGAAUGGGUUCUGAAGUGUCCACAUCUGGGGACAUGUACAGUUUUGGAAUCUUUUUGUUGGAAGUUCUUACUGGUAGAAGACCCACCGAUGAAGCUUUUGAAAAUGGUCAAAAUCUGCAUGACUUUGUUGCAGUAUCAUUUCCAGAUAAUGUUAUAAAGAUUUUGGACCCACAUCUUAUAUUUAGAGAUGGAGAAGUAGAAAUAGAAGAUGGAAAUCAUGAGAAUCUUGCUCCAAAUAUAGAGGAGGGAUUAGUUUCACUUUUAAGGAUUGGACUUACUUGUUCAAUGGAAUCACCAAAAGAAAGAAUGAAUAUUGGUGAUGUCACUAGAGAGCUUACCAUAAUCAAAAAUGCAUUUUUCCCUGGUGUUGACACUCAUAACAAGUACCUAAAGCUGGACUAAAUUUUUCAAGUCAUUUGUGGUGGAAAGAGAGGUUAUUCAGCAUGGUGUACUUUUGUUAAGAUGUUAGACCAUUAUCUUGAAGUAUUGUAUCACUAGAAACAUUAUAUAGUGUCAAGUUAAUUAAAAUACAUUAUUUUUAGCAGAAGCAUGUUCAACAAUAACAUGGGAAGGAGACUUAUUAUGGUGGAUACUGACAUUAAUCAAAGGUUUUGAAGCAAUAAAAAAGUAUUUCAGAUCAGCUGAGUCAGCAUGGCAUAGUUUUCUUUCCACUUUCUUUCUCUUAUUUCAAACUAUUAAAGCAUGUAAUAUUAUUAGCAUUUUAGGCAACUAGUAUGAAUCUAUAGGGAUUUAAAUGGAUAUCCACAAUGAUGUAUAGUGUGAUAUCUGUAUUCGUCCGUUGGAUAAAUUUAAUACUCGUAUUCGUCUCAUAUCCGUGCUGAUAUCUGUUAAACGAAUAAUCCACGGGUUUUUAGGUAUUCGCGGAUAUUUACAAAUAUUUAUAUAUAAUUUUUUUUUCUUUUUUUUAAAAACGUUUUUCAAUUUCUUGUAAAGACAAAGUUAUUAUCACAUAUUACAUUUGUCCCAAAUUAUAAGACGUUUUGAAUAUUUCACACAAAUUAAGAAAUACAAUUAUUACUUUAUGGGUAAGUGAAAUUAUAUAUAGUUUUAUAAAAAUGCCCUUCAAUAAUUAUAUUGGA